AUGGCUAGCGCCGCAGACGAAUCUGCAUCGAGUGGGAGUGAGAGUGGAGCCGAGGGUAUUGGAACUUUGCCGAACAAACCCAACAUUGCAAUUGAAGCCUCGGCAGAAGCUAGUCAAGUCACAAACGAUGAAUCCGAAAGCAUCAAACCUAUCGACGUUGCGGAAACUACUGUUGUUGAAACCCCGCCCUUGCUACUGGCUAUGUUGAAGCUACCCAAGUUACCCAAGUGGUUCAUGGAACGAAUAUCCCAGCUGAGGAAUAUGAACAGAGAAUAA